AUGGCGAAGAAAUCUGGUGUUGCUAUUGAUUUUGGUACAACAAACUCAUGUAUUGCUAUAGCACUUCAUACCGGACAAGAUACCAUGCCAAUUCUUAUUGACGGUAAUAACUACGUCCCUACGAAUUUAACUUUUGUUGAUGAAGGCCCUCCUAUUGCAUGCUUCGACACUUCAUCGCUUGUAUACACUCCUGGCAAUAGCCUCCAUAACAUCAAGCGCAUUAUUGGUAAAAGACUAGAUGAUCCAGAUAUUCAAAGGCGCAAGGACAAUUGGGACUUCACACUUGUCAAAGACGAACGUGGCAUGGCCGCCUUCCAGGUUAACGAUAAUGGUAAAAAGGUUAUUGUUAAACCAGAAGAAGCAGCUUCUAAGAUUUUUACAAAGCUCUUACAAGUCUUUAACAGUACUCAAUUACCAGAAGAUAGAACAAACAAAGUCGUUCUUACAAUUCCAGUCGCAUUCAAUGUCGAGCAAUGCGAGAGAAUCAAAACAGCAGCAAAAGUCGCAGGACUUGAUAUUAUCGCUACGAUUUACGAACCAACAGCUGCAGCUAUAUCAAGCGGCAUGAUGACUGACAAAGACAAGAAGCUUAUGAUCUUCGAUUUCGGUGGUGGCACGUUAGAUGUCACAAUCAUGCAAAUCAAGAAGAAAGACCAGAAUGAAUCAUUUUUCGAAACAAUCGCCGAAUCAGGUGAUCCAGAUCUUGGUGGCGAAUUAAUUGACGAAAUUUUAAUGAAGCAUUACGAAAAAGUCCUCAAAGACAAUGGCGUUGAUAUAAGAUCUGGAGGUGAGGCAGUAGUAAAGAAGAAUAUUUCCUUACUUAAGAAGUCAUGCCGUAAACUCAAAGAAAAUCUUUCAUUUAUUACAACGGAUCAUUUAAACUGGCCAGGAUAUACCAUAGAUGAGAAAAAGACCAAAAUCCGCAGGGCAAAGCUUGAAGAAAUGCUUGAUGAUAAUGGAAUUUCGGAAAGAAUUAAGAACACAGUCAAAAACUGCCUUACUCUUGCAAAGUACAAAGCAGAGAACAUUGACCAUGUUAUCUGUGUUGGUGGUUCAUCUGCAAUUCCAUACGUUCGUGAAAUCCUUGGAGAAAUCUUUGACAAUAGACGGAUCCUCUACAGUCCAAACCCAGAAGAAGCCAUUGCAAAGGGCGCUGCCAUCUACUCAAGAGCAAUUCUCAAUGGAGGAGUUCGCGACAUCGAUGGAACAUCAGAUCCCAAACCAGCUUCUUCUUCUUCAGCUAGCAAACCUCCAGCUCCUUCUGCUCAUCCAGAUGUACCAACAAUUGAAAUUGCCACAACAUGCGCUUUGAACUAUUCUCUUGGAUACAUAGAUGCAUAUGGCGAUUUCGAUGAAAUCUUCGAAAAAGGAGCCAAGAUUCCUGCAAAGAGAACAGUUAAUGCUCAAAGUGCUAACCAAUAUCAGCCAAACAUGAUCACAAAGGUCUGCUACAUAAAUGACGACAAUUCACCACCAAUCCAAUUAACACAAUACACAGUUGAUUUCGAAGGACGCCGUGGAGACAAAGUUACUGAGACAUGGUCACUCGAUGCAGGUGGAAACCUCACAAUUCAGUCAGUUCUGAUCGUAUCAGGAACAUCUGUUUCGAACAAAGUCAGCGUUAGCAACUUAUACUUCACCACACAGGAAAUCAACCAGAUGACAGAAAACGCAUCCAGAUACCGCGAAAGUUUGGAGGCUAAUGGAAGAAUUGAUCAGCUCGAGAAAACACUUGACACAGAAAUCAUCGCUGCAAGGAAGAUGUGCAAGGGCAAACCAUCCGUGUUAAGAGAUUUGAACAAGGAAAUCGAUCCAAUUGUCGACUGGAUUGAUGAAGGAAGGAAAGGAAGAACAGAACAGGAUUAUGACAAGCAACUCAAGAAAUUAAGACAAAUUGUACAGAGAUUUAGAAGCUCUCUCUAUUAA